CCCGGGGCUCCUGCAGACGCGCCGGCCGACUGGCCUUCAGACUCUCCCGGGAGCCAUGGCGCAGAACCGACUGGUCAUCUGCCUCCUGGUCAUCACCUUGGUCCUGGACCAGGCCUCCAGCCACCCUGCCAGGCUCAAAUCCCGGAAGCACAGCAAACGGCGGGUGAAAGAAAAGGAUGGAGACCUGAAGACCCAAGUGGAGAAGCUCUGGAGAGAAGUCAACGCCUUGAAGGAGCUGCAGGCGCUGCAGACAGUCUGUCUCCGCGGCACUAAAGUUCACAAGAAAUGCUACCUGGCUUCAGAAGGCUCGAAGCACUUCCACGAGGCCAACGAGGAUUGCAUUUCCAGGGGAGGGACCCUGGUCAUCCCCAGAAGCACCGACGAGAUCAACGCGCUCCGGGACUACGGGAAGCGGAGCCUGCCGGGGGUCAACGACUUCUGGCUGGGCAUCAACGACAUGAACUCGGAGGGCAAGUUUGUGGACGUGCACGGCUUCGCCCUGUCCUUCAGCCACUGGGACCGGGCCCAGCCCAACGGCGGCAAGCGGGAGAACUGUGCCCUGUUCUCCCAGUCGGCCCAGGGCAGGUGGAGCGACGAAGCCUGUCGUAGCAGCAAGCGGUACAUCUGCGAGUUUAUCAUCCCCUAGGGGACCCCUCUCAGUGCUCCUCGUCCAAGCCAGGUGGUUUGUGAUGGCAGGCAGAUGUGUCCCUGCGAGGAAGCCCACAAGACCACAUGGGAUAGAAAUGGAAGAGCCAGAAAACUCUGCUGCCACCGGUGGGUGGAGGGGGCUUAGAAGACGGUUGUUCAUGGGCUGGAGAGAUAGCACAGCGGGUAGGGCAUUUGCCUUGCAUGUGGCCGACCCAGGUUCAAAUCCCAGCAUCCCAUAUGGUCCCCUCAGCAUGGCCAGGGGUAAUUCCUGAGUGCAGAGCCAGGAGUAACCCCUGUGCAUCGCCGGGUGUGACCCAAAAAGCAAAAAAAAAAAAAAAAAAAAAAAAAUGGUCGUUCAGGUGGCUUCCGCCACGGGCUCACAAAUCCUGCGUUCCUUCCUGUUCCGUAGAGACCCGUUCCCUUUGAACAUCCCAGCAGCCGGGAAAGCAGGCUUGGUGAGCCGCCCGCCCCACAUCUUUGUGACAUUUGGGGAUCCAGGUGGUCGAUGAGGAUUCUCUCAGUGAGAAAUUUUAGGUGCUACGUGAUUCAAACAUGAUUCCAUCCAAAGCUGUUUGUCCCAGCCCAGCUGCGGCAGGCGCGGGGCCCUCUGCCCUCUGAGGGCUCUUUCUCUCCCUGGAGGCAGGCUUCGCGCUCCCACAGCAGAACACGCUCAUGUCUCCGAGACACACACUGGUUCUUGCAGACCCGGGGCCCCAGGCACACCUACCUUUCAGGGGAGGAAGUUCCUAGGGGAGAACUAACACAUGCUAAUUUCCUUUUUAAUAUACGCAUUUUCCUUCAUGCAUUUUAUCUAGAUGCCUUUGAAUAUAUUCCUUUUAAUAUAUACGUAUAUGCACAUGUAGAUAUAAUUAUCAACAAUCACGACUGUUGGACUCUAUUAGAAACUAUCUACCU